CUCCACCAAAUCGCCUUUUAAUUGGCUGCCCGAGCUGUCACUUAGACGAUUGCAUCAUGCUGCUUUUUCGGGGAAAGACCCGUAUGAUUUCGCAACCAUCCUUUGUGCGGUGAGCUCAGUGUCAGCAAAACGAUUGGCGGAGAACGAAAAGGGUCAUCCGCGGAGGUGUUAGGAGAAGGUGAUCGCGGGGGGGAGGGAGAGGACUUCCUUCCCCGGACAGCGGAGGGCUCGUCUUUAUCAGCUCAUUAGUCGGGUCAACCCUAUUGCAUUCAUCGAUAGCAAGAAUCAUUUAAAAUGAAUAUAUCACCACGUUCGAUAACUGAUGGCCUUGGAGAUAGCGAUCCAGGCAGCCCAGCCUCUCCACAGCUUGUGCCUCUGAACCCAGGAGGAGGUAAAGCCACUCCUCCCAGUAAAAACGGAAAGAAAGGACAGCGGUCAGAGCGUAACAGUGAUGAAUACCGUCUGCGCAGAGAGCGGAACAAUAUGGCGGUGAAAAAGAGCCGGUUAAAGAGCAAACAGAAAGCUCAAGACACAUUGCAAAGAGUCAACCAGUUGAAAGAAGAAAACGAAAGAUUGGAGGCAAAAAUCAAGCUACUCACCAAAGAGUUGAGCGUACUGAAGGACUUGUUUCUGGAGCAUGCACACAGUCUGGCAGAAAAUGUACAGCCUACGAGCUCCACAUCAGAGCAGGAUAGUGAUUCAAAAUAACUCAAAACACCUUUGAUCCAUUGCGGCAGGUGAAGGACAAGACAACGCUGUUCGCCAUUUUAUGUUUUUAUGGACUUUGCAAAAGAAAAUGUUGGCAACAGUAACUGUGUGUUCUGUUUUUGUGCAGUUUUACAGAAUGCAGGUGUCAGUUUAUGGCCCAAUGUAUGAAAAGCCUUGGUUCCAGAAUCUAUCCUAUGGCACUUAAAGAAAACCUUUUACUAAGAGCAUGGAGACUAGCCUUCACUUUACCUUUGAAAACACUAGUUUUCUGACAUCUUUUCUUAUCCAGUAGAUUCAGUAAAUUCUAGAUUAGGCUUUCUCAAUGUUUUUACCCUGGAGGAGUCAUUUAAAUAAUUUCUUAAUUUCAGGUUCUUGGGGAAUCCCUGCUCAAAUAGACUAUAUUUUAAACAUGUAUGUUCAUUGCUCACUUGGGGUAGAACUUCUGGGGGAAUCAAAGAUGAACAAGGAUCUGGGGGUCCUAGAUCAGACUCAGCAAUAUCAUGCAAUGCCAAGCUGCAGCAAGCAAGGCUAUCAGACUAUUAUAAUGGAUUAAAAAGGGUAUUUUUACUCGAGAGAUAAAACGAAUCCACUUUGCAAAAACCUGAUUCGGCCACAUCUUGAGUAUGCCAUCCCCUUUUGGUCACCAGUUUUCAAGAAGGAGGUGCCUUAACUGGAGACGGUCCACAAAAAGGCAGCCAAGCUAAAAAGUGGGCUAGAGAACCUGUUAUUAAAAAUAACUACAAAAUUAAACCUAAUUUCCCAGAAGAAGAGAUGCUUAAGAGGGGAUAUGAUUGCAAUGUACAAAUUUUUAAAUAGGUACUCUAGCAUUUAGAGGACACCAUUUAACCUAGAGAAGACAUGCAGCUACACAAUGAGGUUGGACAAGAGGUGGUUAAAUAUUUUGCUACGUAAGGGGUUCUUUGCUGUUGGGAAAUAAGGGAUGUGGAACUCCCUUCCACAGUUGAUGUCAGAUAAAUUCGAAAAACUUUAAAUGUGUUUCUUAGUGCACACAAUGUACAGGGAUUUGGAAAGUGGUAGUGACAUAAAAUUGCACACACGCAAGUUGAA